GGUAGCCUCGACGCUUAAACACCUUUGGAUAGGUCAAGGAUCAGGCUGUGAUAUGAGUUGGACUUACCAGGGUCUUCUGAUUGACUCGUCUGUGAAAGAAUGGAGGAGAAUUAUCAAAGUUUCCUUCAAUCCGGGCUCCGGGGCUCUAGAUGCAACAGUCUAGAGAUGAGGGCGUUGGUUCAUAAACCCCUCCAACCCCCAUAAAGAAGCUUAUUUUUCCUGCUGUCAUACAUCACUUCGUGCCUACAUACCAUUCCCCGUCCUACCCUAUCAUUUUGCCAUCCCAAUCGAUCACAAUGUCAUCAGAACACCACGAGGAUCCCCUUACAACGGGAAAUGGAAAUGGUGAUCCAUUAGAAAAGGAUUUCUCUCCCCAGCUUGGAACCAAUGGAACCAACGGAAACCAUCUGAGCGAUAUAAACAUGGACAAUGAAGCUGCGCUGAGGAGAAUCAGAACUGCUGGCAGCAUCUCGAUCUCACCCGAACUCUUCGAGAAGAUCUAUCUCUCUCCACAGACUGCUGUCAAGGGUGAUCUCCGAAAGACCUUUGGUAACCCAACACCUGUUGCUCUGCUUGGUUUCCUCCUCUCUCUGACGCCUCUGUCUUGUGAUCUGAUGGGCUGGCGAGGAUCUGGCGGUAAUGGUGCAGCCUCGAUCGGAGUCUACUACUUCUUUGGCGGUCUUCUCAUGAUCAUCGGCGGUCUUCUCGAAUUCAUCCUCGGCAACACCUUCCCAUUUGUCGUCUUUAUGUCCUUCGGCGGUUUCUGGCUCGCUUUCGCCGCAACCCUCCAACCCUUCUAUUACGCGUACGGGUCCUACGCCCCCGCCGGAGGGAGCGAAGCAGAAGGCAUGACCACCGUUGGCUUCACCUCUUCUUUUGCCUUCUUCCUCCUAUUCAUGGGUCUCCUCUGCCUCGUCUAUCUGGUCUGCUCACUCCGCACCAACGUCGUCUUCGUCGUUAUCUUCAUCUGCCUCGUCAUCGCCUUCGGCCUCCUCGCCGGCACCUACUGGCAAAAUGCCAAUGCCAUCGGCAUGUCCUCCACAUCCCCCAACGCCGCCCUAAAUAGGCUCGAUCUCGCCAAUAGACUACAGAUUGCGGCCGGCGCUUUCUGCUUCGUCUCCUCACUCGCUGGCUGGUGGCUCUUCUUUGCCAUCAUGCUGGCCGCUCUGGAUUUCCCCUUCCAGCUCCCAGUCGGUGAUCUCAGCACUGUCAUCAAGGGCCGCAGCCAGCGCCUAAAGGAGAGGGAGAACAUGGUAUAAACGACCCCCGAGCACGGGGCGGUCAGCGCGUCGCGAUUGUCGUAUACGCAGGCUUGAAUUACAUGGGGAGUCAUCGGAGCUUCUGUUCGUGUGUGGAGUUGAUACCAGUCGUUCAUCUACAUAUUGCGUUCCGUCUGUAUGUAGCAGAGUUACCAAUUAAUCAAAAUGAAUAAUUAUUUAAUCCCCUCCC